CGGCGACGGCAAGUGGGCGUGGGUGAAGAGGACGAAAUGACACCGGACGGGCUGCAUGUCAUCCACGCUCGCCAGAAGGAUGCAAAAUGCGCCGUGUUUAACUUACAAGCAAUGAGAGCUCCACGAAUAAUUGUUAAACUAGACGACGUCGGCGAGGGAGAAAGUAACUCGACAGGAGACAGUAACGACACCGGUACGACUGAAGACAAAGAAGAGGAUGACACGAACAAAACGGAUGAAAGAAGAGAGAAAACGAAUGGCACGAGAAACUUCCGCUCGAAAAGGGCAUCUGACGAGGAGUACCAAAUAGAGACGGCGGUGUUUGUGGAUGACGAAAUGUAUAACGUCAUCAAGGAACAGAAUCCCGGAGCAGACACGGUCCAGACGGUCACGGAUGUGGUUUUUGCCAUCAUGAAUGGGGUCCACCUCCUGUACAACGCACCUACUCUGGAACUCCACUUCACCAUCACCCUCGUUCGCCUCGAGAUCAUCAAAAGUGCCACCAAAGGGCCUUCGAAAUCAGGAGGAGACAUACAGAGGUACCUGAGCAACUUCUGUUACUGGCAGAGGAACCUCAACCGGCGGACCAACCCCCUGGGAGAUCAUUCACCCGAGUUCUGGGACCACGCGCUCAUGCUCUCCGGACUCGACCUGUGGGACAUGCAGCCGGAAUUCGACUCCGUUAUAGGACUAGCCUGGGUGGCAGGGAUGUGUCAUCCUACAUACUCCUGCACCAUCAACGAAGGCACAAGCUUUGAGGCCGUUUACGUCAUCACACACGAAAUGGGUCACAAUCUCGGUAUGUCCCAUGACGGGUCGGCGGAGGACCAGAAUAAGUGUAGCGCCGAUAAGCAUAUCAUGUCUUCUUCAACUGGUCCUGGAAAAGUGACUUGGUCCUCGUGUUCCAACGAAGAACUGCAGGACUUCAUCGAGAACAGCGACUUCCCGCUCUCUUGCCUCGAUGACAUGGCCAGAGGACCUCGUGAGCUCGAUUUCCGCGACGACCUGCUGCCUGGCGAACGGUAUACUGUCACCCAGCAAUGCACCUUCGCUCUUGGCUCCUCCUUCAAGCCCUACGUGACGACGAAGAAUCCCUAUAAUAACGUAUGCCGGGAGGUCUGGUGCCAAAAUACAACCCACGCCAUGAGGACCCACCCGGCACUUGAAGGCACUUCUUGUGGCAUCAAAAAGUUUUGUGUGAACGGAGCUUGUACCAACAAACCCCAAAAAGCGGUCACGGUACCAACGACGACCCCAGGUACUACCCGCACGACCAGCACCACCACGACCCUGCCUACCACGACUGUGUCCAAUAAGAAGAAAGUCACCACCUUCUUCGGGAGAAUACGUGACUUGUUCAGGAGGUACCUCUCCCUCAGAAGUGAAAUGCCACGCUCGGUCUUCCUCCUGUCGUCCUGGAAGCUGACCAACAGAACGGGCUGCACCGCGGAAUGCGGGGGCGGGUGGGUGGAGGGCCAAGUUACCUGUGCUGCUAAAGAGGGUAACGUUAUCCUCGAGGACGACAUGUGUGACCCUCUCUCUCGUCCUGCGGUGCGGGAGGUCUGCAAUAUUGCUCCUUGCAUAGGCACAUCCCGGUCAACCACUCCCAAGUUGCCCUCGUCUUAAGUAACCGGUGACUGAGUUCCUAAUCAAGCUUCUUCGGCGCGUCCACUUUCUGGAGGAAUGUUGGGUUGUGGGUUGUUGUUUGGUUGUCAUGGCAACAACACUGAGGAAUCUGGGAGUUUUUUCAUUUAUUUAUUUUUCAUAACAUUUCUGUUGAUUUCAUUGUCAAAGUAUGACUCAUCUCUCACGCCGAUUUACACAUCUUCGCAAAAAUGUGAUUACGUCUUUGAGCCAUUUUACCAAAAAACAUUUCAAGUUUCCGAAACACAUUAACUUUAAAUCGCCAUUGCCAUGUAUUCCGCAGAAUCUCUUCAGGUACUCCACUGAAAUCAUCCAAGGGUUUACUGAUUUCUGUUUCUUGUACACGCCCAAAUGUUUUUUUAUGUUUUAUCUUUAUUAUUAUCUCUACUGUUGUUAUCAUUACUACGCCAUUAACAUCCUCAUUAUUAUUAUUAUUAUUAUUAUUAUUAUUAUUAUUAUUAUUAUUAUUAU